UAUCUCACAGCUAAGAGAUAAAUUGGAAUAAACAGCUGUCGCCUUUAAAUAAAUACUCUGGACAAUGUAUGAUCUGCUUUUCUCCACUUUAUUUAGCUGCUCUCCAGUGCAAACUCCCAAGUCUUUGCUCUGCCUCAGUUAGCAGAGCAUUUAUUUUAGAAUCAACUGUAUUUGUUAAGGCUGUAACAACGAAAGGCAUUUCCUGAGAAACUGCAAGGAUGAUCAGCAUGAAGGAACAACAGCUGCGGAAGUAUGGGACCAUAGUAAUGCUCUUCAUUUUCCAAGUUCAGAUCUUUGGGCUUGAUGUUGACAAUCGACCUACUACAGAAGUCUGCUCGACACACACAAUUUUACCUGGACCAAAAGGGGAUGAAGGAGAGAAAGGAGAUCGGGGAGAAAUGGGAAAACCUGGAAAAGUAGGACCAAAAGGACCAAAGGGAAACAAAGGAGUAGUGGGAGAUGUUGGUGAUCAAGGAAUGAUUGGGAAAAUCGGUCCGAUUGGUGGAAAGGGUGAGAAAGGAGUCAAAGGUUUAACUGGGACAUUUGGAAAAAAGGGGAAAGCAGGCACGGUCUGUGACUGUGGGAGGUACCGCAAAGUUGUUGGGCAACUGGAUAUUAACGUUGCUCGACUGAAGACAUCCAUGAAAUUUGUAAAAAACGUAAUUGCAGGAAUCAGGGAAACAGAUGAGAAAUUCUAUUACAUCGUGAAGGAAGAGAAGAGCUACAGGGAAGCACUGACCCACUGCAGGAUCAGAGGGGGAAUGCUGGCUAUGCCAAGAGAUGACGCAACCAAUGCAGUCAUAGCAGACUAUAUCUCCAAGAGCGGCCUUUUCCGAGUGUUCAUAGGGGUGAACGAUAUGGAGAAGGAAGGACACUUUGUGUAUGCGGACAACACCCCACUGCAAAACUACAGCAACUGGAAGGAAGGGGAGCCAAGGGACACGUCUGGGCACGAGGACUGUGUGGAGAUGCUCAGCACUGGGGAAUGGAAUGACUCCGAGUGUCACCUCACUAUCUACUUCAUCUGUGAAUUCCUCAAGAAGAGGAAGUAAGAGCCUUUGCCAGGCAACCUCUGUAUAUAAAAUAACCCUUCCUUAUUUACCCACUAUAGAUGGAUCUCUGUGCAGGGCAAAGAGUGUAAAUCAGGAGUAACUACAAUGAAAUCAAGGGAGUUACACUGGGGCAUGUGGAAUCAGAACUGGGCCUGCAGCAGGCAUCUGGUUUUGCCACACAGCAAGAAAUUUUUGGUUGGGAUUUAGAGAUCUUGGGCUGAAUUAGGAGCAACUUCAAUGGAUGGAGCUGCAGCAUGCCAAUCAUGGACAAUAGUUGGUAUAACGAGUAAUCAAAACACUUCAGACUCCACUGGGGGUAGGGACUUGGAUUGUAUUUGUGAGGGGGGCACAGCAACAAUACUUCAGGGGCUGCAUCUAUGCCACAACAGUUCAAUACUUUCUGCAACUUUAGACGAUACAGAAUAACUUGACAUCUCUUUUCUUAAAAGCUGCCAAACCCCCCUCCUGUGCUACUCCCCGGUGACUAGAAGUUAUUCUGUGGUUACAUAAAGCUCCAUCUACCCCCGGUCCUUUGUGCCAAGCUGAGAACUCCUGAAUGCAAUGGUGUGCAGCCUCUCUUCAAGCUCUGCCGUGGUGGAAUUUGGCAAGGGAAAGAUCACAUCUAACAGGAAGAAAUGUAAACAGAAACAUAUGGAGGAAAGGAGGCUGUAAACAGGCGCAUUGCAACAUUAUUUGUACCCAUAUAUACAUUGUUGAAUUAGCUACUGAUUCUAGGAGCAAAAGAUUCACCCAUCUAUCUGCUUCACCGAUAGUCAAUGACAUUAAAUUCUCUACUGCCAAUAUGAUCUCACAUGCCUUUUUGCAGAAACAUAAUUAACAGUCUGGUAGCAGCUGUUACACGGUGAGGGCUCAGGGGCAGAAGCUACGGGGCAUCUCCUCAUGUGGUUCCACUGACUGUCAGGAUGACUUAUAUUUUCCUUGCUGCCCUUGUUCAUGUAUGCUUUCCUGUCAAUCCCUGGCUAUCUACUAUUCCAGUAUUCUACUUUAGCAUGUGCUUAAAAGGCCAGAUUUUGA